AUGAAAACAAAAGAAGAAGCGCUAGAGUUUCUGAAAUAUAUUUUACCGAAGACGGAGCAGAAUCCGGGGGGAGAGGCGGCGGGGAUUGAUAAAUUUGCGAUUUUGGUUGUGGGGGAGAGUGACAGACCCAAAUGCGUAGGUUUCGUCGGCACCAACCGCCCAUCGCCCGAGGGUCUCGAAAUGGGCUAUUGUGUGAAUCCCGAUUAUUAUGAUAAUGGAUAUGCUACGUGGGGAGUAACUGAGUUUUUGAAGAUUUAUUGGGGAAUGGAAGAAAGAUCCCACAUCCCACACCUUGUAGCAAAGAUCGACCCGAGAAAUAAAGCAAGCGAGAGGAUAAUAGCUAAAGUUGGAGCGAGAAAAGGUGAAGUUCUUGAGAAAUUUUAUUCGAGGAGGAUAGAUGAGGGAAAGUUGAGUGACAUCAGGUGUUGGUAUUUGGAUAGACCCGGUGUUGGUGGGAAUGGAGAGGAAAGGGGAAAAGGGGAGGGAGAGGGAGAGGAGCAGGAGAAAUGA